AUGGUACUUAAGCUACCACCACUUGAAUUUACUGAAGCACUUACAGAUUCGCCUGAAUUUCGUGAAAAAUUACGUCAACAUGAAAAUGAACUUGAGAAUACAUCAAAUGCAAUAAAAUCAUUAAUUAAAAAAUUAAAUGAAGUUAUGGUAGCAAAUAAAACUUUAUCAAAAGCAUCACGAGGUGUUGCAGAAACAUUAAAAAGCUUUAAAUUUUUCGUUGUCGGAAGUAAACAAACAGAAGAAGAACGAGAUAUAGAAUCAUCACUUUCAUAUAUGGGUGAAGUAUUACAUCGAAUAGAGGAAGCAAGAGAUGCACUUAAUGUUUCAUCUGAAACAUAUUUAAAAAAAUUAGAUGAAUUUCGAAAAACAACAAUUGGAAAAGCAAAAAAUAAGAAAAAAGAAUUUGAUAAAACAACACAACGUUAUUGUACAAUGAUUGAAAAUAAUAUGAAAAUACCAACGAAACGAUCUGAUUUAUUUCAAGAAGCAGAUGCAAAUCUUCAAAUGCAAACAAAAAAAUUUCGUGAAGAAACACUUGAUUAUGUUUUUUUAUUACAACAAGUACAAGAGAGAAAAAAAUUUGAUUUUGUUGAAACACUUUUGGCUUUAAUGCUUAAUUUUUUAUCUUUUUAUCAUGCAGGACAAGAAAUUUAUAAAGAAUUUGAUUAUUUUAUUCGAUUUUUACAUUAUCGUGUAUUAAAAUGUCGAGAAAAUUUUGAUUGUUUUCAACGUGAAGGUGAAGAAUUAAAAUGGAAAAUGUUAAUGAGACCAGAAGAGCAUUUACUUAAAAAUCAAGAAUUCGAUCGUGAAGGUUACUUAUUUCUUAUUGAAAGAAAUAAAAUUAUUGGUACGACAGCAGCAACUAAACAUUAUUGCCAAUAUAGAAAAGAUAUUAAUCUACUUCGAAUGAUUACUUUUACACAAACAAGUACAAAGCAGUUAACUCCAUAUGAUGUAUUUGUUCGUCAUUGUGUUGUUCAUCCAGCUGAUGAAAAAUUAGAUAAACGCUUCAUGUUUGAUUUACAUAUUAUUGAAAAAGGUGGAUCAUCAGAUAAAAUGUCAAUAUUUACAUUUCAAGCUACGAAUGAAGAAGAUUUCGAAGGAUGGAUAUCGAUCACUGGCGGACAAAUAAAUGUAUCUAAACCAGAACUAUCAUUAAAAACUGAAAUGCAAAAUGAAUUGGAUGAUUCGGGUAUUGAUUUUGUUAAAAAAUGUAUUCAAGUUAUUGAACGACGUGGUCUUGAUGAACAAGGUCUUUAUCGUAUUGUUGGAAUGCAAUCGAAAGUUAAUUCUUUAGUAGCUGGUCAUUUUGAUGUACAUAAAACACUUGCACAACGAUUAGAAACUCCUGUUGAAGAAGAUAUGGAAUUAAAAACUAUAUGUUCAGCACUUAAACUAUUUUUACGAACAUUAAAAGAACCUGUUUUUACAUUUAAAUUACAUAAUCGAUUUAUAGAAGCAGCAAUGAUUGAUGAUAAAGCUGAACGUAUUCGAACACUUCAUAGUUUAAUAAAAGAAUUACCUAAACAAAAUUAUGAUUUAUUAUAUAUUCUUAUGACACAUUUAUAUAAAGUAUCACAACAUAAUGAAAAAAAUCUUAUGACUCCUGUCAAUUUAGGUGUUUGUUUUGGUCCAUCAAUACUUCGACCAGAAUUUGAAACAGUUUCAUCUAUAUAUGAUAUUAAAUUUCGUAAUGCUAUUGUUGAAUUAAUUAUCAUACAUUAUGAAAAAAUGUUUAAAACUAAACUUGAACAACAAGAUAUUGAUGAAAUGGUUGGUUCAAGUGAACAAGAUCAAUCUAGUGGUGUAAAUUUAACCAAUUCAUUAUCAUCAUUAGUUUCUCUUGCAAGACGAGCACCACCACCGACUAGUGAAAUGAUUGAAACAACAGCUGAUGCACGUCGACGAGGUUUAUAUAAUCCAGAUUAUCAUAUCAAUGAAACAAAUAAACAUUUAUUUCCUCAUAUGCCAGAAGAUAAUAUUAAAAAAGAAUUCAGUUCAAGCAGCAGUUUAGAAUCUCUUAGUAAUGUAUCACCAGCUGGUACACAAUCAAUACAUAGUUCCAAUGCAUUCAGUAUGAUCAGUAGUCAAGCGCGCUCAACUUCAUCAUCAUCUUUUCUAAAGCAAUUAUCAUUACCUGACAAUCAAAGUCGUUUAUCGACUACAAAUACUAACAUUUCAAUAUCGUUAAAAACUGAACCAAUUAGCAUUUCACCGUCAACAAUAACAACAACAACGAGAACAAACGUUACAACUCCUACGUUGAAAUUACAAACUCGCGCCAUAACAUUAUAUCCUUGUACAGCUGAUAAUGAUUCCGAAUUGUCAUUUAAUGCAAAUGAAAUUGUUACUCAGAUUCGACGGUCGAAAGAACCUGGUUGGUUAAUGGGUACAAUCAAUGGUAAAACUGGUUUAAUUCCAGAAAAUUAUAUAAAUUUUACUGGUGGUGUAUGA